AGGAGCAGUCCAGCAGGAUUCAGGGGAGAUGGGUAGGACUUCUGCCAUUAGCGUGUACUAGUAGCUGUGUUAGCUCUGUCAUUAAGUUAACCUAGUUGACUAGGCUUAUUCUAACCUGCAGCACGAACACAAACAGUAAAGAGCUGACAUUUUCUCACCGAUACAGAGGUAUAAGGCAGCAAGUGGACUAACAUUUCGCUCGGGAGAAUAUCGACCGAGAUGUGUAACGACCUGGACUUGAUAUCAGGAAUCUACCUGGCUGCUAGUCUGUUGACUGACAGCUGGCACCUGGCUGCUUAGCUAGCUGACUAGCUAGCUAGGUGAGCUGACGGGGGUUUUCGGGCUCAUAGUCCAGCUCAUAGUCUAGCUAGUACUGAUUUUGGUAUAGAGUGGAAAGCGGCUUCUCUGCAUUAUUUGACUCCGCCUGCUGUUCAAACCAUGAGUUAGCUGAACAGCAUCAGGCAGCAGUGUUCGGGAUAUUUUAAGGUCCAGCUAGUUUCUCUAGCUUUUAGCUUGAAGCCAGCUAGCAGCAUUCAUUCAGCUGCUGAAGCGUUAACGCCAGCACCUCAGCGAGUAGCAGGGACUGACUCUAUCCAACUACUGUCGUUGUCGCGACAUUAAUACAUUUUUGGACCCGGUCCUGCUUUGGGCAGUGUCAAGGGAAAAUGAAGAAAUUUUUUGAUUCCCGUCGGGAGUUUGGGGGCUCCGGGCCUGGUCCUGGAGCCGGUGGAGGAGGCGCUGGUUCCGGCGGCGGUGGCAGCUUCAUCGGACGAGUCUUCAGCAUCGGACGAUAUCAAGUAACCGUGGAGGAAACAAUCGCUGAAGGAGGUUUUGCCAUAGUCUUUUUGGUGAGGACUCAUCAAGGUGCACGAUGUGCACUAAAAAGAAUGUAUGUCAACAACGAACACGAUUUGAAGAUCUGCAAACUUGAAAUACAAAUUAUGCGGGACCUGGUGGGUAACAAAAACAUAGUCGGCUUCCUGGACUCCAGCAUAGCUGCAGUCGGAGCUGGUGAUGUGUGGGAAGUCCUGAUCUUAAUGGACUUCUGUCGAGGUGGCCAGGUGGUGAACCUGAUGAACCAGCGGCUACAGACGGGCUUCACUGAAGCUGAGGUGUUACAGAUCUUUUGUGACACGUGCGAGGCAGUCGCUCGUCUACAUCAGUGCAAGACUCCAAUCAUCCAUCGAGAUCUCAAGGUGGAAAAUAUUCUUCUUCACGACCGUGGACACUAUGUGCUCUGUGACUUUGGAAGUGCCACCAACCGCUUCCAAAAUCCUCAGACAGAAGGGGUGGCAGUUUUGGAGGAUGAAAUCAAAAAGUACACUACGCUGUCAUACCGUGCUCCAGAGAUGGUCAACCUCUAUGGGGGAAAUGUCAUCACAACAAAAGCAGACAUUUGGGCCUUGGGUUGUCUUCUCUAUAAGCUGUGCUACUUCACCCUUCCAUUCGGCGAGAGCCAAGUGGCUAUCUGUGAUGGCAGUUUCACCAUCCCAGACAACUCCCGCUACUCACAUGAAAUGCACUGUCUUAUUAGAUACAUGCUGGAACCUGAUCCUGAAAAGAGGCCAGACAUUUACCAAGUAUCCUACUUUGCCUUUAAACUGGCUCGACGAGAGUGUCCCGUCCCAAAUCUACAUAAUUCACCUAUUCCUGCAAAACUUCCUGAGCCUAUCAAAGCGAGUGAAGCAGUGGCCAAAAAGAGUCAAAACAAAGCCAGGCUCACAGACCCAGUUCCUACCACGGAAACCUCAAUUGCACCUCGACAGCGGCCCAAAGCUGGACAGGCUCAGCCCCAGCCCAUAUCAGGCAUUCUUCCCAUCCAGCCAGCACUCACCCCACGCAAGAGGCCUGGUGUGGCUACUGGGGCACCCCAGGCUAUAGGUGUCGGUAUCGGCGUUCCUCCUCCAGCUGCAGCUGCUGUCCAACCUGCUCAACAGGCUCCGUCUGCUAACAUGCAGCCGCAGGCUACAUCUCAGCAUCAGCAGCUGCUUAUGAAGCAGCAGCAGCAGCAGCAAGCCUCUGCCUUCUUAAGUCCACAGAGCACUCAGCAGCAUCACCUGGUACAGAACCUCUACCACCACCAACUUCAGCAACAACAAACAUCAUCACAAGCAUCCAGUUUGCUGCAGUAUAAACCUAAACCUGUUCCUCAAGUUGCUACCCUGCAGCAUCAACACCAACAGCAGCAGCAUUUAGUCCUUGAAACUGCAGCUGCCCAUCUCACACCCAUCCCCGAGUCCGAAAUUGUUGGUCCUGCAGCUCGUGGUCCAGAGUUUGUGACAACUGGCAGAGGGAUCCACAAAGUUGGCUCCCUGACACCACCCUCCUCGCCAAAGACGGCCACCAAGAGUGGCCACAGACGUAUCCUUAGCGAUGUCACCCACAGUGCCGUGUUUGGGGUCCCCGUUAGCAAGUCGACCCAGCUACUUCAGGCAGCCGCAGCUGAAGCCAGCCUCAACAAGUCCAAAUCAGCAAGCACUACUCCUUCUGGGUCCCCCUGCUCGUCCCAACAGAGUGUAUACCAUCCAGGUGAAGUGGACGCCUCCUCAGCACUUACCGUCCCCAACACUCAGCCCGCCUGGAAUCCUUUUGGUGACGAUAACUUCUCUAAGCUAACAGCAGAGGAGCUGCUUAACAAAGACUUUGCAAAGCUAGCUGAGACUGCUGCAGCUGGAGAGAAAGCCGCAGGAUCCAAUGAAAAUCUCAUUCCCAGCCUCAAUGCCUUUCCAGAGAAGCUGAUUGAGGGACAGAAGUCCCCUGAUACUUCUCUUCUGCUCCCUGACCUCUUAACCCUGACUGACUCCUUCAAUACUGCUGCAGAGAGCACCACAAAUGCAAUGGCAGAGGUGUGUGUGGACUCACUGAUUCCUGGUUUGGAGGCUCCCCAGCCCCAGAGACAUUUGGGCCAACCAGAGCUCAUUCCUGCCAGUGUGCCAGAUUCUCUCACUGGGGAGGAUUCUCUGCUGGGUUGUGAUCUGUUAUCUCAUACCUGUCAUGGAAACCCAUCUGUUUCUGUUCUCCCUUCUUCUUGCUCCUCUGCUCCUCCUGGCGCUGGAUCCUGCCUGGAGGAGCUGCCAGCUGGUCAGACUGCUUCUGACUCUGCUUUCCUCAUGUCGUGUGGGGAGAAGGGCAAUGACGACGAGUUUGAUCCUAUUCCAGUGCUCAUCUCCAAAAACUCAAAUCAAGGUGGUCACUCGCGCAGCAACAGUGGCAGUUCAGAGUCCAGCAUCCCCAACUUGGCUCGUUCCCUUCUGCUGGUGGAUCAGCUCAUCGACCUCUAGAGGGGGUGGGAGAGGUCGAAGGGGCAGUGUGCAAUCCUAACAAAGGGAUACGGGGAGGGUUGGGGGGGUAGAGAUGGGCACGCAGAGACACUUAAUGUAGCACCUUAUGAACCGAGAGGAGCCAGUAUUCUCUUUAUGUGCCUCCUUGGCCUCAACUCCAUCUCUAGUUGCCUGAUAGCUGGUUUCAUAUGUCUCUGCUAGCCGCUGACAUUCCCACACUGGUAAAAAUCUUUUCAUUAAUGCCUGAGCAUAUCGUCCGCUUCUGUCUUGGCUACACCAUGGUCUUCCUCAUGCUUUCCUCUUACUCGCAUUAACAUCCUUCAGAGUGCACGCCCAUGGUCGACCAUCAUUGAAUGCACAUGUUAAGCAUGGUUAUAUGUGUCAGGGGUCUGACUAAAGACUGAGGACUGUAAAAUGCUGUAGAUAAUUUGAUGCACUUUCCUAUGAGAGCUUUGAACUACUGACCAAACAAAGAUGCGACCUGGAGCUGUGCUUCUGUGCUGAUUGAACCAGUUUACUUAUAAAAGAAGAAGUGUCAGUUUUGGAUAGGUUUUAAAGAUUUCUCACACUGUUGGCAUGCCCAUAGUCAUGGAAAGUCAAAUCUGUUCAAGCAAUUAUGUGCCAUGAUUCCUUUAUAGAUCAAUUUGUCUAAACCAGCUAUUCCCAAAGUCAAGAGUACUGCGGCCCACUUAAAAACCAGAAAAUCCCAUGGGGCCCACCCAGUCUUAAAUCUUCACUCUAAUCAAAACACAAGAGAGGGUGGUGUGUUUCCUUGACAUUUCUAUUUAAAAAAAGCAUAAACACCACAGGCUGUUUGCUAUAAAUUGCUAAUGCUGCCCAGUCAUAUGCAAAGUGUCAUGGCCACUUUGUAUGUGUCCCACCUGCCACCGGGACUCACACUUCAAAACAAGAGCGGUAAAUUUAGAUCAGAGUGAUGAAAAACUUCACAAACUCACCACCUCUAAUCACCAGUGUUAAUUCACUUUUAUAUAAAUAAAUACAUUUAAAUAUGUACAUACUUGUGCAUAAUUUCAAACUGAAUUUCUGUUAUUACUGCAGGCACCUGUAGUGCCAUUGUGGCCCACAGUUUGGGAAUCACUGGUGUAAACGGACUGAGUGGCUUCACAGGCUUGAGCAUACCUGUAUACUGUCCCCUCUUUCUGGAUGUUAAGCAGCGUGUCUUAUAUUCUAAUGCUACACCUGUGAAUCUGUCAGUUGUAAUCGUUUCCUGAAACUGGUGAGGUCAGUGUUAAUACGACUGGUGAGUUCGGCUCCAUUGCCACAGCACAGCUUCCCACCAUUGUCAGCAUUAUCUACAACACCACUAAUGUCAGCUCACCCUCAUACCUGUGACCCAUCGUUGAGGUAAGCACAGGAGAAGUAAAAGGGAAUGAAGGUAUUUGACCUGUUCCGAUGCCAAAGCUGAACAAGACUCUAUAAUCAUGCUGUUUUUCCUCUGUGUUGGUCCGCUCUCAGGGUCAGUAUAAAUGAGCAGAUUUUUAGCAGAAUACCACCGUCACAGAGAGGGAAGUGCAACGUAAAUGUCAUUGUUGUUUUGUGUAGGUAUUAUGUUAAUGAAGGAACUUUACAUGAAAAUACUCUUCCUUCCUUUCCCACUGACAUCCUCUCAAUCUUCUCUGGCCAAUCCUUUGUUACCAUAUACCAUAAAGUCAGUUGUUACAGUCUUUCCAGAUGAAAGAGAAAUGUAAAUGUACAUAAAGUAACACUUUUUUUUUGCACUUGUCAGCAUUGGUAAAGGUAGAUUUUAGUGUGUAACAUUUUAUCAUGUUAUGAUUAAAAGUGACUAUUAUUGAUAGUGCUUUAGAAAGAAUGUAUGAAUUGAGGACCAUUAUAAAAUAUGUAAAAAUUGUAUAAGGAUGUAUAGAUAAAACAUAUUUGUGUAUGAGGCUUUAUUGAAGAGUGCAAAACUGUCAACUCUGUCCUUCUGUCUUCUCUCAGUUCUUGUCAAACAUUUAUCUAGUGCUCACGGUUUAGUCACCAAACAUACAUGAAACUAAGUGCUUUUGAAUCGCUUGACUGGAUAGUAUGUGUUGCUCUCCAUUGCAGUUGUUAGGUUAUACAUUAGUACUGGUACAUGUAAGUUACUGUAUAUGCCUGAAUAGAUUUUAUUUAACAGAGCUAAUGAUGGAACUGACUUCCUGAUAACACUGGGAUACCUUUCACCUCUGUCUCCUGUAGUUCAUUAAAUAAUCAUAAGAAAGGCUUGUGUGUCAGCUGUGUGAGUUGUAUUACAUUCGAUCCCAACCACUUUAAAUGUCUACAUCCCAUUUUCUUUCCAUUUAAUAAUGCUGCUCAUAUUUUUGCAAUCCGCUAUAAUGCUGCAUCCUGCAGCACUCUGCCACUGGUUGCAGACUUUUACGUGUGUUGCUUUGCUCUUUGGGUUGAAAUGCAAACAGUGUUAAUGAAGUAUCACUGAUGGAGAUCAUCAGACUCGGCGUUCCCUUAGCCAUAAAAGGCUAAUGGGGUAUUGUUGUCAUGAAUCCCGUUCAUAUCACCCAGUGUAAUGUUCAUAAAUAGAGUGGUUGUUGUGAUCAGACCAGUUUUCAGAAACCUAAAAACUUGAUUCCUCCUCACACUUUUUCGAAUUUGCCUUCCUAAAUUGUGUGUCUGUUCAUGAGGUAAUAUCUCAAGUUGACUUUACAGACUAUGAGCUGUAUUGUGAGAGAUGAGAAGCUGUUAUUCUACACACUUAAAUGAGCCGUCACACUGUGUGAUAUUUUUGUCAGCUCCAAACUGUGUCAUAUUCACACUUAAGUCAUACAGAAAGGGCGUGGACGGUUUAAAACAGACAAGUGAGGAGGCAAACCUCGCCCUAGAAGUAAAACAAAACAACAAGAGCCAAAAAAAGCUGGUCUUUUCCUUUAAUUGCUUCAACUAACCUUUCCCCCUGAGCUGCAAGUUAACAGCUGCUGUCAACACCGCUGAGGUAAGACUGAUCUGUCUUCUGUGCAAUCUGUCUGUCCCUAACUAUUUUUCACUUUUGCUGUGAAGGCUCUCUCCCCUUGUUUCCACAGAUCUCUCUCAUGCUCCCUCCUCCUCAACUCACUCAGUUUUAACCUAAAGCAAAACUGCUGCUGCUGUUUUCCUGUAACACUAGGUGUUGCUAGGUUGAGUUGAGAAUACUGCAGCUGUACUCCUGCUCAUUUGUGGAAACAAGGUUAAUGUGGUGACGUAAAACUGGUAGUGAUGUGACUGUGACUUGGUCAGAGUAGAAUUGUUGUAGUGUUAUAAUGGUUCCUCAUUGUUUAGUCAUCCUCGAAAAUCAGUGACUUAGAUUUUAGAGUCCAUUGGUUAUGCAGUAUAUGUGACGAGACCGAUCUGGUAGAUAAAUGGACAGCUGAACCACAGAUGGCAAAGUUUCUUCUCAUUUGUAUUCUAACAUUUUUGUUUACCUCCAAUUUGUUUUCCCCCUCUAUCUUUGCUUGCUUGAACAGAUCUCCAAGGGGAGAGUAAUGGCUACUCUGUGCUUGAGGAGGGACAAGAGACUGAAGCUGUAGGAGCAGAUUCUCCACAGAAUGAGGGCUGUGUGCACUCCAGCGAUGAAGACGAAGAAAAAGAAGCACACAAGGACGAGCAA